UAAAUAUAAGGCGAGAUUUGUUGCUAAAUGAUACGACCAGAAAGCAGGAACUGAUUACGAAAAGACGUUUUCACCGACAGCUGACAUGUUAAGUGUAAGGAUUCUCAUGCAGAAGGCGGCACAGGAGGACCUAAUCUUACAUCAGAUGGACGUGAAGACCGCGUAUCUGCACGCACCCAUCGACUGUGAAAUCUAUUUAGAACAACCACAAGGAUACGAGAAAAACUCUAACACUGGUGAAAAACUGGGGCAGGUUGCUGAGACCAUGAACAUGGCAGCUCUCUGGAAGCUGCCCGUCAUUUUUGCCUGCGAGAAUAACGGGUACGCCAAAGGUACGUCAAUGGGCAGAUGUACUGUAAACACAGACUUCUACAAGAGGGGGGACGUCAUUCCUGGCCUAAGGGUGGAUGGGAUGGACGUCCUUUGUGUUCGGGAGGCAGCCAGGUUUGCUUCUGACCACUGCAGGUCUGGGAAAGUGAGUUUUCUGUUUAAUAAAAUGGAACAUUUGUCCAUGUGUCGAUUUAUUUCAACAUGUCCUUUCCUUGUAUCUCAGGGCCCAAUCAUUAUGGAGCUUCAGACCUACCGCUUUUUUGGGCAUGCAAUUGGUGAUACUGAGCACAAAUAUCGCACAGCGGAUGAGGUGGACGAGGUCCGCAAAGAAAGAGACCCCAUUUACCUGCUUGAGGGUCACUUGAUUAGAAACAAUAUAGCCACCAUGGAGGAAUUGAGGGAGAUCAAUGAGAAAAGUGUAAAGGAUGUUGAAGAAGCGGCACAAUUUGCCAUCCAAAGCCCUGAACCCCUAGUGGAGGAGCUAUGUAGCUACAUCUACUGCAACAAUCCACCAUUCAAGAUUCGUGGCAUCAACCCCUGGACAAAGCUGAAGUCUAGUAUGUAGAUGUAAAAAUCAUUCCCUGUAUGACUAUGGUGCAACAAGACAAAAAAAAGUAUGAUAAUA